CGAACUGAGCAUCAAGCACCCAAAGACAAACCGAUCUUUGCAGGCGACUCAGCAUGGCAGCAUCAAGUGAGUUCACGCGCGUGUUCUCGGCGUUCGACCAGGACGGCAACGGCAAGAUCUCCGCUGCCGAGCUGCGGCUCUGCAUGAAGGCGGCGCUGGGUGGCGACAUGUCGGCCGAGGAGGUGCAGGCCCUGAUGGCGUCCGCGGACGCCGACGGUGACGGGCUGCUGGACGAGGAGGAGUUCGUGAGGCUGGUGCGGGAGGCGGAGGCCGGCCAGGAGGAAGAGGGGGACAGGUGCAGGGAGGCGUUCGGGAUGUACGAGAUGGAAGGGAGGGGCUGCAUCACCCCGCUCAGCCUCAAGCUGAUGAUGAGCAGGCUGGGGCUGCACCUGGACGUCGACGAGUGCCAGGCCAUGAUCCGCCGGUUCGACCUCAACGGCGACGGGGUCCUCACCUUCGACGAGUUCAAGACCAUGAUGAUGAUGGCAUGACAUA